AUGGAAAAUUCAACUGAAAUUGAUGAAUAUGGCUUCAGCUCUGGCGACGAGGCAGACAUGCUAGACUUGACAAACGCGGUCGAUGCUAGCAUCAACCAUGGCCACAAGCGUAAAGCUUCUCCCGAGCAGACUUCGUCGAUUUUCAAGAGACAGGCAAUCCAGAGCUCCCACAAGGUAUUUGAGUCGGCAACGUCUGCACUGAGUCGCCACUUUGGUUUCAAAUCUUUUCGGUUGAAGCAGGAGCAAGCCAUAUCAAGAAUUCUUGGUGGCGAUAGUGCCGUUGUUGUCUUUCCUACUGGAGGUGGCAAGAGUCUCUGCUUUCAAGUCCCGGCACUUGCUUUUGAAGAAGAAGACAAGAUUCUCAGGACUCGUGAUGAAGGCGAACAUGGCAUUACCCUGGUAGUAUCGCCACUCAUAGCUUUGAUGAAAGAUCAGGUGGAUGCUCUUGUUCGUCGCGGUGUUGCUGCUGCAACUUUCGACUCGAGCAAGACUAGAGAAGACUUUAUUCAAACAUGCAACCAACUGAGAAGUGGAAAGUUAAAGUUACUAUACGUAGCACCUGAGAGGCUGAACAAUGAGGGUUUCGUGGAGCAAAUGAAAUAUGUCCGGGGAGGUAUCAGAUUACUUGCAGUAGACGAAGCACAUUGUAUCAGCGAGUGGGGCCACAGUUUCCGUCCAGACUACCUAAAAAUUGCCCGUUUUGCUGAUGAGAUCAGAGCAGAGAGAGUCAUUUGCUUAACUGCUACGGCUACACCCCGUGUUGCGCAAGACAUCUGUGAUGCGUUCAAAAUCGAAGAUUCUGGACUCUUUCGAACCUCCACCUAUCGACCUAAUCUACAUUUAUUGGCUGAGUCAGGAGAUAGGAAGGUUACUAUGCUGCCCAAGCUUAUAGACUUUUUACGAAAGCAUAAAGGCUCAACUAUCAUAUAUGUUACUUUGCAGAAGCAAACGGAGAAUCUUGCAAAUAUAUUGGUAGAGGCGGGCUUCAAAGCUAACGCAUUCCACGCAGGAAUGACGACUGAAGCCAAGACAAAGCUGCAGGACGAUUUUAUGAGGAGCAAUGACAUGAUUAUGGUCGCAACUAUUGCUUUUGGGAUGGGAAUUGAUAAGGGCUCUAUUCGCAAUGUUAUACAUUUCAGUGUCCCUCAAAGUCUGGAAUCUUACAGUCAGGAAAUUGGAAGAAGUGGUCGAGAUGGGAUAAUUUCUAACUGUUUCUUCUUCAUAUGUGGCGAGGAUCUUCAUUUCCGUGAAUUAUUCGCACGAGGUGACCUACCAUCUCUUACAUCCAUUCGUGGACUACUAAACGACAUAUUUGAUUCAACUGCGAAAAGGCUUCCAAUAGGAGGUGAGAUACACAGUUCGCAUUAUAAUCAAACGAAGGAAUUCGAUAUCCGCCCCACAGUUCUAGGUGGUAUAUAUGCACAAUUAGAGCUGGGCCACGGUCUUAUUCGUGCUACUACACCAUUAUAUCAGAAAUAUUCGUAUGUUGCAAACGAUCGCAUGUAUCAUUCCAAAAUCAAGUCAGAUCGAAGUCCAGCAGCAGCAGCGAUCGCAGCCUGUGGAGAGAAAAAAUCUAAGUUCCAUCACAUCGAUGUAGACGCUGCAGCUCGUCGUUAUAGCCUUGGAAGAAACGAGGUCAUUGGCAAGCUUAACGCAUGGAACGCCGAAGGAAUUCUAGAAUUAAAAGCAAGCCAGGUUGUAAAUGUCUACAAAGUCACUAAACCUCUUCCCAAAACCGCAAAGGAGAUUGAGACAAUCGCAAAGACAAUUUACAGCAGCAUGGAAACACGCGAAAAGCAAGCUUUAGAGCGCUCAGAGAAAAUCUUACAGCUUAUCACCGGUAAGGCUUGUUUUUCCAAAAAAUUGGCCCAGCAUUUCGGAGAUGAGCUGCCUGACGGAAAGGAAGAAUGCGGUCAUUGUCAAUGGUGCUUAACACAUAAGCCCGUCGAGAUUCAACUUCCCCCUCCUGUUCCUUUCAAUACUAUAGCUUUCAACAACGUUCUUAAUAUGAUUGAAGAGCGCGAUGAUCCAAGGUUCCUCGCUAGAGUAGCUUUUGGUAUCUCUACUCCGAGAGUGACGGCGAUGAAGUUAGGAAAGAGUCCCAUCUUUGGUUCGAUGGAUGAUCAUGAGUUCUUCGGUUCUUCUUGA